AUGGAGGUAGGAAAUGUAAAAUUUCUGGAUUCUCUCAAUUAUUUUCCUAUGCCUCUAACUGCUCUACCCAAGGCGUUUGAUUUGAAAGAGCUAAAGAAAGGAUACUUUCCACAUCUAUUCAACACUUUGGCUCAUCAGAAUUAUCUAGGGCCAAUUCCAGCGCUCGACUUCUACGAUCCCGACCAUUUAAAAGAAGACACUCGAGAAAAAUUAUUAAAAUGGCAUGGCAAAAGACAAGCGGAGGGAUACGUUUUUGAUUUUCAGAAAGAAAUCGUUGAAUACUGUAUCUCCGAUGUGGAAAUAUUGACACAGGCGUGUCUCAAAUUUCGAGACCUGAUGAAAACCGAAACCACAGUCGAUCCCUUCCAGGAAAGCACCACUAUUGCAUCAUGCUGUAACAAAGUCUUUAGACGCAAUUUUUUAAAACCUGAGACGAUCGGGGUAAUUCCAAAAGGGGGCUAUAGAUGGCGUGAAAAUCAGUCAAAAAUUGCCAUCCAAUGGAUGUUGUGGGAGGAACAUCAAAGAGGAAUCAAAAUUCAACACGCCGCUAAGGGUAUAGAAACCAUUGUUAAGGGACAUAAAGUAGACGCCUCUCUGUCGCAGAUGUCAGGACUUAUUAAAUGCCAGAUUCUACCGAACCAGAACUUAUAUCACCCCGUUUUACCGUCAAAAAUGAACAACAAAUUGAUGUUUGUUAACUGUCAAAAAUGUGGUGAAGAUUUCGUUCGAGAAGAGUGUCAGCAUUCUAUUCAAGAAAGAAGCCUAAAAGGAACUUGGGUGAUAGAAGAGGUGCUCAAAGCUAUUGAAAAAGGUUACCAAAUUAUAGAGACUUACGAAAUAUGGGAAUACGAUACAAUUCAGCUCAGUAAAGACCAAGAGGGGUUAUUUAGCGGAAUGAUGAACAAGUUUCUACAAAUAAAACAACAAGCUUCAGGAUGGCCCAAACAUUGCUUAACGGAUGAAGAAAAAAACCGUUAUAUUGAUGCAUUUUUGGAUACAGAGGACAUAAAGCUGGAAUUUUCAAAAAUUAUAGAGAACCCCUGUUUGAGAUCGUUAGCUAAACUUAUGCUGAAUUCUUUUUGGGGUAAAUUUGCUCAAAAAGAAAACCAAAACAAAACCUCGAUAGUCAGAGACUGUGGUGAAUUCUUUGAUAUGCUGACUAAUCCUUCUAUUCAUGUAAAUACAGUUCUCCCGGUAAACGAAGAAACCCUUCUCGUAACUUGGGAAUUUAGAGAAGAGGUGUAUGACGUUUCUUCAACGGUUAACGUUGUAUUGGCUUCAUACGUCACGGCCCUAGCUAGACUAAAAUUAUAUUCAUUCUUGGAGAAAGUGGAAGAAAGGGCAGUUUACGUAGAUACAGAUUCAUGUAUUUAUAUCUCUCGUAAGGGAUUAGACGACAUAUCUACAGGCGACUUCAUAGGUGAUAUGACCGAUGAGCUCAAUGGGGGUUUCAUAUCAGAGUUUGUUUCUGGAGGACCUAAGAACUACGCCUACAAAUAUACUACUUUGUCUGGAGAGGAACAGAUCGUAUGUAAAGUAAAAGGCAUAUCACUCAACUACAAGGCAUCCCAAGUGGUCAAUUUUGAGAAAAUAAAAGACAUGGUGCUGAAGAAAUCUGUUCCUGUUUCUGUACUUUCUCGACAGCUACGACGUACAAGAGAGCAUGCAGUAGUAACAGUCGAGUUUCCUAAGGUAUACAAGAUAACUUCAAUGAAAAGGAAAUUCUAUGCAGAUCAUACCUCUGUACCAUUUGGAUUUAAGAAAAUAAAAUAUUGA